UGUUUUCCCCACACACACACACACACACACACACACACACACACACACGUAGACAUACACACACACAAACACAGAGGCAUGAUAUGGUCUGGGGUACUCAGCUGUGCAGAUUUCUCUUAGAGGGGUCGAGGAGCGAUUGUCAAGACAUGGACUUUAGCCAUAAGAGGCAUUGAAAACCUCUUGACUGCUUGGACUGGAGGCUCAAUCACUCACAGCUGACCUUGGAAAACUGAAAGGGGGGAAGUGAAAUUGUGCGACGCAAGCGUACAUCCAGUCCCAUAAUGGCAAUCCCAGGCGACCUCUCCCUUUUCAACUCCACCUCCUCCCCCUAUUCAAUGACAGAGAUCUAUCUGAACACCUCUCUAGCCCCCUCUGCUCCCCCCUGCCCGGACUGGUCUCCUGUGCCCACGACCACGGGCAUCCCCGUCAUCUACAGCAUUAUCUUCGUGCUGGGAACCGUAGCCAACGCCCUGGCGGUGUGGGUGUUGGCCCAAGCCAGUGGCUCGAGGAGAACUGUAGCCAACACCUUCAUGCUGAACCUGUGUGUGUCCGACCUGCUGUUCCUGCUGUCUCUCCCGCUGUGGGCCGUCUACUACUCCAAGGGCUACAGCUGGCCCUUUGGCCAGGUCGCCUGCAAAGUCUGCGGAGCCCUCCUCCACCUCAACCUCUACGCGUCUAUCUUCUUCAUCACAUGCAUGAGCAUGGACCGCUACCUGGCAAUCGUGCGCCCGCUCCGCUCCCAGAGUUCACGAUACCCCAAACGCGCCCGGCUCACAUGCAUCCUGGUGUGGGUGCUGGCAUGUGCUUGCUCCGCCCCCACCUUGUAUCUGAGGGACACUUACCUCCUGGAGGGGCUCGGCGUGGAGGCCUGUGCGAUUUUGUAUCCUGAUCAUACCUGGUAUCUGACCCUGGCCUGGAUGAAGAUCGCUCUGGCCUUCCUGCUGCCACUGUUUGUCAUCUCUUGUUGUUACUGGGCUAUUGGUAGACAUUUGUUGGCUGACACAGGGCUGGUAAGAAUGCAGAAUCCAUCACAACCCCCCAGCAUGCCCUCUUUUAAAUCACUGGAGUCCAAGGAGAGCUGCAGUAAACCAGAGAGACCUCCGACCCCCUGUGUGUGCCUCGGCUCCAGCGGGGGCAGGCCCCUGGAGGGCAGGGGGCUGGAGCGGGUGCUGUGGACAGUAGCUGCUGUGGUCCUGGCCUUCUUCAUUUGCUGGUUCCCCUUCCACUGCGUGACCUUCUUGGACGUGCUGAAGAGCCACGGCUGGGUGGACAGCUGCGUGGUAAACUGGACAAUCCACAACCUCACCCCGCUGACCCUCUGCCUGGGAUUCUCCAACUCGGCCAUCAACCCCGUGCUCUACUGCUUCAUGGGAAACCAUUUCCGGGGCCGUCUGGGUGGCCUCUGCAAGGGCCUGUGGGCUUGUGUGAAGGCCCACGGAGAAGAUCACAGGCAGAAGAGGGGCUCCUUCAGCACCAGGCUGAGCUCCUUCUCUCGAAAACUCAGUGACCUAAAGGACCUGGCGGUUGUGGAGCCCUCUGGUCCUGCCUAAGCGGGUCCCUUGAGGGCAGACUUUCUCUUCCCUCCACUGGCUUCAAAUUUCAGUGACGCCAACGUCAUGUGACUGCUGAACUCCAUACUAAACAUGGAUAUGUGAGACGGAGCUGUUACUGUAACUGACUGAAUCAAAUACCAGCAGAGCUCAAUACUGCCCUAUAUAGAAAGAAAAAAGUUAAUAAAAAAGAUGAAGCUGAGAGGUUUAAGUUUUGAGGCUGGUGUAAAGAAAAAACAGAUACGUUAUACGUUUCAUGCCUUUAAUGCCGCAGCAUUCAGCUGUAUUUAGCCAAUACAUUUAAAAAAAUCCACUGAACACAACCUGCUCAGACACACAAACACAGUUAGAGACUAGCUGGAGAACAUAGUGGGCCAUUUAAAAAAAGAGUUAGUGUAGGAUCAGGGUUGCAGGUAAUGAAACCUAAGUUACAGCUAGAAUGCUAAGCUAUGCUAAUGAUGUUUUAGUAGGACUAGCUCAGCUGCUGUAUCUUUCUUUGUUAUUUCGUAAUGGUUGGAUUUAGCUUCUGUUUCAUUUAUAUGGUAUAAUAAACUCAAUCACAGAGAUGUUGGAAGAAUUUUUCACAUGAAAACAGGUAUGAAGAGUUAAUUUAGCUUUUUCUAAAGCUAGCUGUGGCUAUCUCAACAGCUAGCUCCAAUUCAAGCUCUGUUUUGUAGUUUUGCAAACUAUGCAUUUUUUUCAGAGAUUAUACACUUCUGUGGCAUUAAUAUAUUUAAUAUAGUAUCUCCAUUUUGACCAAACGUUUUAUUACUGCAUUUUGGCUUAGUAGGGCAGGACAUUGUGAGAUGCAGACGUAUCGGGGUAAUUAUUAACCAGUCAUAACAAUGCUACAUUUAGUGAUCCUUUUUUAGACCAAUACUUUAUACGUGUAAUCACAUGACUUGUAACAUUUUUAUUGUAUAAUUCUGUAAAGACAGUUUAGGAAAACGACUAUAAUUGACUAUAAAUAAGAAUAAGAAAUAAAGUGCACAAUAUUUCCAUAA